UUAACGGUCUAGAUUCUGUCUGGACCUUAAACUCAACAUGCACCGUUCCGUUCAAAAGUUCCACUUUUGACAAAUUGAAUAUGGGAUUUCUUGGCACCUACACUUCUUAAUAGAGACAUCCUUAAAAACGUGAUAUCUGUUGGAAUUUGUCCAUAGCAUAUCCAAUUGCACGUCAUAAAUGACUGAAAAACAGUAAGACAUCGAUGACUUUAUCGCCAGAUAAGAUCUAAGACAAAUCUACUCUUCAUUUGGUGGAGGUGUCUUGCAAUUCUUCAAUUUCAAUGUGCUUUAAGAUUGAAAUCCACUGUUUUACCACAGUUUUGCAGAGAUGGUGAAGACUGCGAAUGGGCAGAGGGAAAAGAAAGUUUCAGAGACUUUAGAACAAUGGCGGCAGGUGAAUUCAUGUGACCAAUUGAAAAGAAGAAGAACAGUUCACAAGGGUUCAAAAAAAGGGUGUAUGCCAGGAAAAGGAGGCCCUGAAAAUGGGCAGUACAAUUACAGAGGGGUUAGGCAGCGGACAUGGGGUAAAUGGGUGGCUGAAAUCAGAGAGCCCGAUAGAGGAAAGCGCCUGUGGUUAGGCACCUUCGAUACGGCCCAUGAGGCCGCUACUGCAUAUGACCGUGCGGCUCAAAUCAUGUAUGGGUCUUCUGCAUGUCUUAAUAAUCCUCCUCCUCAGCCAGAGAAUAUGAAUACAGAGAGUGUUUUGAAUCCUGUUGAAGAGCAGUGCUCUAGUCCUGGUGAGCUUCAUGAUAUUAAUAUUGAAGAGAUUUUGAAGUUGUUUGAUAAUGAUGGAGCAGAUGAGAUAUCAACACAAAUAGCACCGCCAAGUAGCUCACCUUUACAAAUUGUGGGCAACCAGUUUUCCAACUUCUCUAUCCAGCCAGAUUAAUUUGUGUGGAUACAAAUUGAUCUUGUGGUCAUUAGUUGUGAAUCGUGACUUGUAUACAGUGAUUUUUAUUAUUCUUUGUUUCUGUUGUAAAACGUGGAACACGAUACUAUUAAAGUCAAUGAAAAACAUUAAGCUCUUUGUGCUGUUUCUGAA